UUAUAUAUAGUUAUACCGAUCUUGGUGGAUGUACUUACUUUGCCCAUUGCCUUAAAAACUGCACAAUAAAGAAGGGCAUGUUAUGUAGCCCCACCAGUGCUCCAUCCACAACUCCUUUGACUUUAACGACUCCAACACCUUCAACGACUAUUUCAACUUCAACAACUCCUUCUCUUGACUGUUAUCCUAGAAAGAAUGGAGAAACUUGGGUAUCCGCCACCGAUAAGUGUAUGCUAGAAACAUGUUUCAAUGGUGAAAUCAUCAAGCACCUUAAGAAAUGUCCAACUCAACCACCGCUUUCAUGUGCGAAUGGCCUCCCUCCAAAGACAGUUCCUGAUGGAUCAGGCUGCUGUUUCAAACAGGAAUGCCAAUGUCACUGCUUUGGCUUCGGGGAUCCUCAUUAUGUGACAUUUGAUGGAACAUAUUAUGGUUUCCAAGGAAAUUGCUCUUAUAUAUUGGUUAAAGAGAUCAAACCAAUAUACAACUUCAGCAUCAUCAUUGAUAAUGUGUAUUGUGACGCACCAGAUGGUCUUUCAUGUCCUAAAUCACUGACUAUUCACUAUAAAUCAUUUGAAAUUUUUAUGAGUCAAGAGGUCUCUCAUGGAAUAGUCACAAACUUGAUUUAUGUCAAUCACAAGCGCAUCUACCCAGCUUACAGCAACAGUGACUUCCAAGUCACAAACAAUGGCAUUGAAGCCUUAGUGGUAAUACCUGCCAUUGGCGCACAAAUAAUGUUCUCUGGGCUGCAGUUCAGUGUUGAACUCCCUUGGAGUAAAUUUCACGGCAACACGGAGGGACAGUGCGGAACAUGUGACAACAAUAGGACAGAUGACUGCCUCUUGCCCAAUGGAAAAAUUGAUCCAUCUUGCCCAAAUAUGGCCCACCAGUGGAAGGUUAAUGAUAGCAACUGCCCAGUACCCCCACCCACGAUCCCACCUUCCACCUGUCCACCAGAAACUUUAUCCAUCUGUAAAAUCAUUGCAAGCAAGGUCUUUGAAAAGUGCCAUGAAGUGGUCCGCUAUGAGCCAUUUAUUGAGGGAUGCGAGUUUGACAUAUGCUAUACGAAGAAACCUUCUAUUGGUUGUGCCAGCCUUCAGUCUUAUGCUCAGCAGUGCGCUUUGAAUGGCAUUUGCAUUGACUGGAGAGGUGCCACAGAUGGAGUGUGUGAUUUUGAGUGCAAUGCACCCCUGGUCUACAAGCCCUGUGGUCCACAAGUUCCACCAACUUGUGAUAAAUGGUAUAAUUUCAGAUUCAUUGAAGAGAAAACUGAAUUCACUGCUUUGACAUCCAUGAGAUGGGAGGGAUGCUAUUGUCCAGAUGGAACUACUUUGUUGGACCAUGAAACUAAUGAAUGCGUUUCACCCUGUGGGCCUUUAUGCCGCCUACCAAAUGGAGAGUGGAAACAGGGUAAUUCAACUUGGAUCAGUGGCUGUGAUCUUUGCACAUGUGACGCAGACGAUGAAAGAGUCUACUGCAAUCCUUUACCAUGCCCAUCUGAGUCCCCGGUCAUCUGUGAUCAGCCUGGCCAGAUUAAAGUGCCUGAAAAAGUAGGAUGUUGUGAAAUAGACAAAUGUGUAUGUGAUGUCACCACAUGUCCAACCCACUCUUGUCCCAUUGGCUACAUUCAAGAGACUGAAGUGGGGGCAUGUUGCCCUAAGUGUGUUCCUAAACCUGUUUGUGUAUACAACAAUACGGAAUACUUGCCGCACAGCAGUGUGCCUAUGAGACAUUGUGAAACCUGUCUGUGUAGUGACAAACUGGAAAAUGAUGGCAGCUUACACAGGAUCGAAUGUGAGCCUAUUACAUGUGACACUUACUGUCCACAGGGCUUCGAGCCAGUUUUGCCACCAGGAGAAUGCUGUGCAAAGUGUGUGCAGACCAUGUGUGUGGUUGUGUAUUCAGGAAACCUCACACACUCUAUUCCUGUCAAUGGUAUCUGGAGUCCACCUGGGAACAAGUGUGUAAAGUAUGAGUGUGUGAAGGUCGGGAGCACGUUCAUCACUAUGGAGGCCAGAACACUCUGUCCUCCCUACAACCCCAAUGACUGCAUUCCUGGGACAGAGGUCAUUGCACCUGAUGGUUGCUGCCAUUUAUGUGUAAGAAAAUGCAACCGGACAACGGAAUCUACAUACCUGCAGCAUAAUGGCUGCACAUCCUCCCAGAAGGUUGACUUGACAACUUGUCAAGGUCUUUGUCCAACAUUCUCUUGGUUCUCUCUGAGUACAAGCACGUUUCAGCGCUCAUGUUCCUGUUGCCAGGAGAUUACCACUAGCAAAAGAGAGGUGGAGAUGGUCUGCCCUGAUGGCUCAAAGUUCAGUUAUUCAUAUAACUACAUUGAGCAAUGUGGCUGUCUUCAGUCAACAUGCACUACCAUGGAAAAAACAGUGACUAAAAGGCUACGAAGAAGGCGUUAAUGAGUUAGCGCUAGUACAUCUCACCUCUUAAUACAAAUCACUUUCUCUAUUUA